CUCCGCGUUUCCCCUCGACACUGAUCCAGCCUGCACAGCAACAGCGCGGGGGAUUGUGGGAGUAGGAGGCGCCGCGGGGCUGUUUCUCUUCCAGCAGAACCGAACCGGACCGAGUCAAGCCUGACCGACACCGCCGAGCUGAGGGUCUUCAAACUGGCUGUGGCAGAAUGUCUAGCAGAGGGGGUAAGAAGAAGAGCACGAAGACGUCCAGGUCCACUAAGGCUGGGGUGAUCUUCCCCGUGGGCCGGAUGCUGCGCUACAUUAAGCGAGGCCUGCCCAAGUACCGGAUCGGUGUGGGCGCUCCUGUUUACAUGGCAGCAGUUCUGGAGUAUCUGACAGCUGAGAUCCUGGAGUUGGCGGGCAACGCUGCCCGGGACAAUAAGAAAGGUCGUGUGACUCCUCGACACAUUCUGCUGGCCGUGGCCAAUGACGAGGAGCUCAACCAGCUUCUGAAGGGCGUGACCAUUGCAGCAGGUGGAGUUUUGCCCAACAUCCACCCCGAGUUGUUGGCUAAGAAGAGAGGGUCAAAAGGCAAACUGGAGGCGGUCAUCACCCCCCCACCCGCCAAGAAAUCCAAAAGCACCAAAAAAUCAGGAACAGCCAAGAAACAGGGCACCAAAAAGUCCUCCAGAACUAAGAAGGGUGAUGGGAGUAAAUCUGCGAGUGCUGACAGCACCACCGACUCUCCGUCUGACGGCUUCACCGUUCUCUCCACUAAGAGCCUGUUCCUGGGCCAGAAGCUCAAUCUUAUUCACAGCGAGAUCAGUAACUUGGCCGGCUUUGACGUGGAGGGGGUAAUCAACCCCACCAAUGCUGACAUUGACCUUAAAGAUGAUCUAGGCAGCGCACUGGAGAAGAAAGGAGGGAAGGAGUUUGUUGAGGCAGUGUUGGAGCUACGCAAGAAGAACGGCCCCCUAGAGGUGGCUGGAGCGGUUCUUACAUCAGGUUAUGGACUCCCAGCAAAGUUUGUCAUCCACUGUAACAGUCCUGGCUGGGGGUCCGAUAAAUGUGAGGAAAUGCUGGAUAAAACGGUGAAGAACUGCCUGGCUCUGGCUGACGAGAAAAAACUCAAAUCCAUCGCCUUCCCCUCCAUUGGCAGCGGCAGGAACGGUUUUCCGAAGCAGACGGCAGCCCAACUCAUUCUGAAGGCAAUCUCCAGCUACUUCGUGUCCACGAUGUCGUCCUCAAUCAAAACAGUCUACUUUGUUCUGUUCGACAGCGAGAGCAUAGGAAUCUACGUCCAGGAAAUGGCCAAACUUGAUUCUAACUAAAUUUGUAUCCUCAAUUUUUAUGCUUGUUGAAAACAUUUU